UUAAAGAAUACAAAGAGUUCCAGUGAAGCCGAAGCGGUUUAGCAGCAGCCACUCCCCCGUCGCCGACGAAGCAGCCGUAACACCACCGCCAACAAACCUCCACUGUCACCGCCGCCUAAAUUUUCGACCACCUCCUACACCUAGGUUUACUUUGAACCAAGGAAAGAUGUCUCGGAUAUGUGUGAAGAAUUUGCCAAAAUACGUGGCUGAGGACCGCCUCAGAGAGCAUUUUUCUCAAAAAGGAGAAAUAACCGACGCCAAGCUUAUGAGAACCAAAGAGGGUAAAAGUAGGCAGUUCGCAUUUAUUGGGUUUCGGACUGAGCGGGAAGCUGAAGAAGCUCUGAAAUUCUUCAACAACUCGUACCUUGAUACUUGCAGAAUUACCUGUGAGAUUGCUCGUAAGGUAGGGGAUCCAGACGUCCCUCGUCCAUGGAGUCGAUAUUCUUUGAAGAAAGAAGAUAAAUCAACUGAAGUGGAGAAGAAAGAUAUGGGUGCUAAAAAUUCGAGCCAUGUGGGUUCUAAAGGAGAGAAAUCGAAAAAGGGCAGUGAGAAUGAUGAUCCUCAGCUUCAGGAGUUUCUUCAGGUUAUGCAACCAAGGGUUAAGUCGAAAAUGUGGGCAAAUGAUACAUUGGGAGUUCCCCCUCUUGAUCAUAAUGGGAAAAACAGUGACAAGCAGACUCAAUCUAUGAGGGAAGGCAGAGAUGAGGCAGUUCAAAUGCAAGCUGAUUUAGAUGAAUCUGAUGAAAGAGAAGAUGAGUUAUCAGACAGUCAGAUGGAUACGAAACCUAACAAUCUAGCUCAUGAUGAAGUCAUUUCAGACAUGGAUUACUUCAAGAGUAGAGUGAAGAAGAAGUGGUCAGAUUCAGAAAGUGAUGAUGUUUCAGAAAGUGGUGAUGAUUCAGAAAGUGAUGACGAUUCAGAAAGUGGUGAUGAUAAUGAUGACAACAUUGAUUCUUUUAAUAAGAAAAGCGUUGAGAGUCAAGAUGUUCAACAAGUAUGUCAGCAUGGACAGCACAACACCAUUAAAAACGAUGUUGCCCAAGAGAAGGUUGAUGAUGAUGACCAUUCUGAAGAAUCUGAUGGUGAAAGGAUGGACUCAGGGAACCCAUUGUUAAGUUCAAACGAUGGGAAAGAUGUUCUUGAGACUGGUCGGCUUUUUGUCCGUAAUCUGCCAUAUACUGCAACUGAGGAUGAACUUGAGGAGCUUUUUAGCAAAUUUGGCAAUGUAUCACAGGUUCAUCUUGUUGUGAAUAAAGAUACAAAACGAUCAAAGGGAAUUGCCUAUGUUCUUUUCACACUUCCUGAAUCUGCAGUGAGGGCAUUGGAAGAAUUAGACAAUUCAAUUUUCCAAGGCAGAUUAUUGCAUGUCAUGCCAGCGAGAGAAAAAAAACCUUCUGAGAAACAGGAGGCCAAUGCUUCUGCAAGCCAAUCUUCAAAAACUUUAAAGCAAAAGAGGGAGGAGGAAAAGAAGGCAUCGGAAGCUAGUGGUGAUACACGGGCAUGGAACAGUUUGUUUAUGCGCACUGAUACAGUUGUUGAAAAUAUCGCUAGGAAAUAUGGUAUAAGUAAAAGUGAUUUACUUGACUCUCAAGCCGAUGAUCUCGCCGUACGUAUUGCAUUGGGAGAAACUCAAGUGAUAACGGAGACAAAGAAGGCUCUUAUAAAUGCUGGAGUAAAUAUAGCCUCUUUAGAGGAAUUUGUUGCUGGGAAAACUGAGGGUGCAAAGAGAAGCAACCACAUUCUACUAGUGAAGAACUUGCCUUAUGGUUCAUCUGAAGGUGAACUAGCUAAAAUGUUUGGGAAAUAUGGGAGUUUGGACAAAAUUAUUCUUCCUCCGACAAAAACAUUAGCCUUGGCGGUUUUCCUUGAACCAGCGGAAGCUCGUGCUGCUUUCAGAGGUUUAGCAUACAAGCGUUACAAGGAUGCACCAUUAUAUUUGGAAUGGGCUCCUGGAAAUAUUCUCAGUCAAAAUGCACCUUAUGAGAAUGAUGCAAGUAGAAGUGUCAUUGUUGGUGAACGUGAUGCCAAGAGGAUGUUACUAGAACAACAGGUGGAAGGAAUAUCAGAUGUGAAUAUUGAUCCUGAUAGAGUUGAGUCGCGGUCCCUGUUUGUCAAGAACCUAAAUUUUAAGACGUCUGGUGAGAGUUUGAGAAAGCAUUUUAGUGAACACAUGAAGGAGGGAAAAAUCCGAAGUGUCAGGGUGAAGGAGCACUUGAAAAAAUGGGAAGAAUGUGUCAAUGGGUUUUGGUUUAUAGAGUUUGAUUCAGUUGAGACAGCAGUCAAUGUUUGCAGCAAUUUACAGGGUACUGUUCUGGAUGGUCAUGCUCUCAUCCUGCAACUAUGUCGUGCCAAGAAGGAUGAACAAGUGCUGAAAAAGGUUGAUAAGGAUAAGAGUUCAACAAAAUUAAUUGUGAGAAAUGGCUUUGAGGCAACAGAGAAAGAUCUGAGACAGUUGUUUAGUCCAUUUGGCCAGAUCAAGAGCUUAAGACUUCCAAUGAAGUUUGGAAGCCAUAGAGGCUUUGCAUUUGUUGAAUUUGUCACAAAGCAAGAGGCACAGAAUGCUCUGCAAGCUCUUUCAAGCACUCAUCUGUACGGUCGGCAUCUGGUCAUGGAGAGAGCCAAGGAAGGUGAGAGCUUGGAAGAAUUACGGGCUAGAACAGCUGCUCAGUUUACAGAUCAGAAUCCGACCAAGUUAUCCAGGAAAAGGAAGCACAUGGCCGCAUUGGAUGAAGGCACUGUUAAGUUUGAGAGGAUUGCAGAUUAGUGCUUCAAACAAAGUUUCAUGUAUUGUGAAUGAGAACUGUGUUUUUUCAACCACAUGUUUUAUGAAAUGAAUAUGUAUCUCUUCAUUAAAUCAUACAGGCUCCAUUUUUCCUUGUUGGGAGCUUCUUGCAGUAUCCUUUCAGUAUCAACACCAAGUUUGUUUAUUUCAUUUAUUAUAACUAUGCUGGGCGAUGGUUUGCCUUUGAUA